ACAUAUGAGAGAACUGUGUGAUUAUGUUGAAAUGAUUAAAACUGCAUAUUCUUCGCAUCAAUAAUUCCACAUAUUAAUGACCUAUUAAUAUUUAUUGAUUGAUCUACUCAUGCUUCGUCAGAUUCUGUCCGUAUGGACAAUCCUUGAGUCAAUGCCGGCAACAUUUUCGCUUUCCCCCGACGAAUCGCGUUUACGCUCCGGCGAGCAUGCGGCCUAACCUGACCCUAACCUCCUUCCGGAUUUUACGAAUGAGACAACAUGGCGACCGCGGUACGAUGAAUAAAUGUAGAUACGGAACGAGGACGUUUUUUUUUGAGGUUAUCUCAAGCGCAACGCCUGUUCUCGUACGCACCGUCCGCAAUAAUAAGCUCAUUCUUCAAAGUGUCGCAUGAUGGGGGCCGAGCGCUUGAUUUACGCCUGUUCUCUGAUUUUGAUGUUUUAUCUGUCGGCCGUCAUCUGCGAGAUCGAGCCGCGUUACGAUGAGAAAAUUCAACUGGCCGCGACGUCAACGAAUCUGCCGGAGUUUGUAUCUGAAAAACCACAGGACAGAGUAGGUUUCCUACAUGCUUUCAUUGCGUCUUUGUCAGUCAUUGUGGUGUCUGAGCUGGGGGACAAAACAUUCUUCAUUGCUGCUAUUAUGGCAAUGAAACAUCCAAGACUGACUGUAUUCAUUGGAGCAAUUAGUGCUCUUGCUCUGAUGACUAUUCUGUCAGUGGUAUUUGGAUACGCGGCCACAAUAAUUCCUCGUGCAUAUACUUAUUACAUUUCCACACUUCUCUUCGCUUUGUUCGGAUUAAAAAUGUUACGAGAUGGAUACUACAUGUCGCCGACGGAAGCGCAAGAAGAGCUAGAAGAAGUUCAGUCAGAUCUAAGAAAGAGAGAUGACGAGUACGAAAAGGAGACGACGAGUACUUUAGUUCAGGAUCCCGAAACCGGAGUGAUACGUAAGACCACUAAAAGUAGCGCGCUCAUGCUACUUUCCAGAAUAUUUCUCCAAGCGUUCACUCUUACUUUCCUCGCGGAAUGGGGCGAUCGUUCUCAGUUAACGACUAUUAUCCUUGCGGCAAGAGAGGAUGUUUAUGGUGUUGUGUUGGGUGGAAUAUUGGGCCACUCGUUUUGUACGGGUUUAGCAGUUUUAGGAGGACGUAUAAUCGCUCAAAGGAUAUCAGUGAGAACAGUAACCAUUAUUGGAGGUUUGGUGUUCCUACUUUUUGCUAUAACGGCGCUUUUCGUCAAUCCCGUUGAAAAUGUUUGAGGAUCUCUUUUCCUUAAUUUCAAAGUUUUCUAGCAGUAUUUCGCUCGAUGAAUAUUGUAUAUUGUGUGUACGUUGCGAGAUUAUUAUAUAUUUGUACAGUAUAAUUCUAUUCUAUAGAGUCUUCAUAAGAUUGUGAAGUUAGCCGGAAAUUGUCUUCUUAACAUAGAUAAUAAAAUGUAUAUAAGUGAAAGUUUGAAUAUCGGCAACAAGGAACAAAAUUAUUUCAUAAUUAAAAAUAAUACAAUGUGUACUUCUAAAAUCCAUUUCUAAUCAUUUUAUAAUAAAAAUAAUUGAGGUGCUGCGUA